AUGAGUCCCCCAAGCGAUACGAAUGCGCACUUUGGCGUCCUCACACAAGCCUGUGAUCGAUGCCAUACUCGCAAAACACGCUGCGAUCGAAGUACACCACGUUGCUCCCACUGCGAACGCGCUGAUGUUCCAUGUGUCUUCUCGGAUAAGUCGAGAAAACGAAACUAUUCAAGAGGAUUUGUGGACGACAUGCAGUCUCACAUUGGUGAUUUGGAGAGAAGGAAUGUCGAGCUGACGCGAAAGCUAGCAAGGCUAGGAGAGCCUGAUCGAGGGCGCCAGGGUCAAGGUCAGAGUCAGGGCUCUUUCAACGACACUUCUACGAACCAGGUAGUUGAAACAAGUCCGCAACCCGCAGGCUCCCAGACUACGGGUUGUACCACGUCAAGCGCACCUCUGACGAGUCCUCCUCUUAUCCGCGAGGAGGACGGGAUUUCUGGAGUCAUGGACUACCUGACUCUGAGGGCAACAGGGGAGACUCACUACCUCGGACCCAGUGGUGGUGGUGAGCUUGCGAAAAUGGUCGGCACGGUGAUAGACUCGGCAUCCCUACGACCGCAGCUGUCAUGGACUCAACCUUCCUCAUCAUGCUCCGAGAUUGAUCUCACAGAGGAGAUUUCUUAUCCGUCGACAGAGCCUCAUAGCGAGAAUCCUCUCCCUGACCGGAGUACUGCCGCGAAGAUCAUCUCGAUAUACUUUGCGCACAACCACCUCACCUUUCCCCUUCUGCACGGCCCUACUUUCCUCGAUACUGUCAACAAGAUGUAUAUGGAUCCUACUUAUUACCAGAACCACCCAUUUGAGGCUUUCACGUUUGAUAUGGUGAUUGCACUGGCAACAGCAAACGCCAACCAUUUUGAAUGCUGCUCAGCUGGUGCUGAUAAAUACUACAGCCGUGCCAUGGAGAAGCUAAGUAUUGUUCUUCAGAUGAGCGGUUUGGCUCCCGUACAGGCCAUAGUCUUCGUGGCGCAGUAUGGGGUCAUGUGUCACCUAAAGCGAAAUGUUACGAGCAUGUGGCAUGUUGUCGGGAUCGGGGCUCGAUUCUGUCUUGAGAUGGGACUGCACAGAGAGUCUCGACACGGACGAACAUUUGAUCCCGUGGCGCCACAGUCAGCUUUUGACUUGGAAAUGCGACGGAGGUGCUUCUGGUGCUUCUACAACCUGGACAGAAUCGUCAGUAUAACACUUGGUCGUCCAGUCUCGAUAGAUGACGAUGUCAUCGAUGUGCCGCUGCCGUCACAUAUCUUGGACGAGGACUAUUUUGGACCCAAUGGCUUGGAAUCCGGGCGAGCAAUCCACGGAACCAGCAGGAAGCCUCUCACAUCACCCUUUCUCCAUCUUGUCCGGAUCCGCAAGCUUCUGGGGGCAAUAUCAGGCGCGUUGAUGUCAGCAAAGAAUGCCGCUCGAAGCAUCGAGGAAAAACUUCAGAUACGCAGCAAUCUCCAUCAAGAACUCGUCCGCUGGAGGGAAGACAUACCAAGCUCCGAGAUGUUGGGCGAAAUGUGUACCAGCCGCAGCCCAGUGUCCAGGUUUCUCACCAAUGACUGGUACCACGUACUUUACCAUAACGCAAUUUUGAUACUCCAUGGACCGUCUCCAAUGUUCCCUGGUGAUCUUGGGUCCUCUGACGCACCGGGCGAGAAUACCUUGCUCUUACUGCGAUCGGCCAAGGCGGUGAUCAACCUCAACUCCAAGCUACAUCGGCACCGCCAGCUGGACUAUUCGUGGAUCACCUUGAAAGCCAUAUUCCUGGGUGGCAUCACCUAUAUCUAUGCGAUUGGUGCUUUGCUCAAGAAAUGGAAAGCCAGUCUUCAGAAACGUUCCGUAUCUCACAAGGACGUGACUUUUGUUCCGGCGACCGUAGACAUCAUUGCCGAUGUUCGCGCUUGCUCCAAUAUCCUUCUAGCAGUUUCAGAAAGGAGGCCAGCGGCCAGGACGUUCUGCGAAGUCUUUGAACGGUUAAGCAAUGCUGUGAUUGGCGACAGCAUCACAUUGAUGUUGGAGGCUCAGCGCCACGCAACAGCGGCCCCCGCGGCGCAUUUGGCCCAGCCUAUGGAACAUCAUGUCUCCACCUUCCAGCCAUCGCUCUGUGGUCAAUCAUUUGAAUCGGACGGCGCAGAUGAUAUGGGUGGAAGCAAUGCCCCGGUGGCAUCCAUAUCGAGCCCGACGGGGGUUGGGAUCCAUCUUUGA